CAUGAACCGAACACUGAUCACCGCACUGAGCAAACAUGGCGGAUGACAAGGAUCCUUUGAAACAGUUGAAAGAUCUGACGCAGCUCAAACAUCAGUUGGAGGAAAUCCAGAGGCGAGUAGAAAACGAAGUUUCUGUGGGAAUUCCUCAGGGAAGCUCAGUGUUGGGAUCUCCAUUCCUGAAAGGCUUUCUGGCCGGCUAUGUGGUGGCAAAGCUCCGCUCCUCUGCCAUCCUUGGAGUGCUUCUGGGGACAAUUACUGGCAUAUAUGCGGCACAAAACUAUGAAGUACCUAACAUUGAAAGGACUGUGAAGGACUACAUGAACAGCUUGAAAAGGAGACCAAAGUAA